GCCGGAAGCCCGGGGCAGGGCGGAACGGACGGGGUUGUGGGGGCACUCGGACCCCGUCCCUGCCCUAGUUCUAGGCGAGCGAUUGUGGACACGGGCAGCUGCGCUGGCCCAAGGUCACCAAGGUCACCGAGUCCAGAGCGGCUAGAAGCUCCGGGAAAAAGGCUCUGAAGGCACCCCCUCCAGACUGGGGCUUCUCCCUAACCCAGGCCGACGGCCCCCUCCACCCCACCUCCGUCCGCACCCCGACGCUCCCCGACGGUUUAUUUCCUCCGAGAGCGACCGGGGCGGCGGCGCCUUUAAGCCAACAUGACGUCAUGAGGCACGUGCGGGGGGCGGGCCCUGUUGCCAAGGAGCGGCGGCGACCGGGGCGGGGCGGAGGCGGAGGGAGGCGGACGAGACCGAGGUUGGGCGGCCGCCAUUGCCCUUGCACGGAGCGAAGCGGAGCGCAGCGACCGGGACAGACGCCGCAGUCGCAGCCGCAGCCGCAGCCGCCAUGGGCCAGUGCGGCAUCACCUCCUCCAAAACCGUGCUGGUCUUCCUCAACCUCAUCUUCUGGGCUGCAGCAGGCAUCCUAUGCUACGUGGGAGCCUAUGUCUUCAUCACUUACGAUGACUACGACCAUUUCUUUGAAGACGUGUACACACUCAUCCCUGCAGUGGUGAUCAUAGCCGUGGGAACCCUUCUUUUCAUCAUCGGGCUAAUCGGAUGCUGCGCCACCAUUCGAGAAAGCCGCUGUGGACUCGCCACAUUUGUGAUCAUCCUGCUGUUGGUUUUUAUUACAGAAGUUGUCGUAGUGGUUUUGGGAUAUGUUUACAGAGCCAAGGUGGAAAGUGAGGUUGAUCGCCGCAUCCAGAAAGUAUACAAGACCUAUAAUGGAACCUCUCCGGAUGCUGCCAGUCGAGCCAUUGACUAUGUACAAAGACAGCUACACUGCUGUGGGAUUCGCAAUUACUCAGACUGGGAGAAUACAGACUGGUUCAAAGAAACGAAGAAUCAGAGCGUCCCUCUCAGCUGCUGCAAGGCCUCCGCCAGCACCUGCAAUGGCAGCCUGGCCCACCCUGCAGAUCUCUACUCGGAGGGCUGUGAAGCCUUAGUUGUGAAGAAGCUCCAGGAUAUCAUGAUGUACGUUAUUUGGGCCGCGUUGACAUUCGCUGCUAUUCAGCUUCUGGGCAUGCUCUGUGCCUGCAUCGUGUUGUGCCGGAGGAGUCGAGAUCCUGCCUAUGAGCUUCUCAUCACGGGAGGCACCUAUGCCUAGAAGACGAGCUCUUCAGUCUUGUUUCCCUUCCCUGGAAGGUGGAUUGAGCAAGGCUCCUGCAGUCACUUUCCUGUCUCUGUAGACUUAGCUAAUGCUCACCUUGCACAAAGAGAAACAGCUUGAACGGACACUGGUGACGGGCCCGGAGAUAUGGCUUUCCAUGAUCCCGCCAGCCCCCCAAACCAUCCCCUGUGCAGCUCCAUGUGUUUUUUUCAACUAUGUUAGAAAACAUUCUGAUUGCAGAAUCAUUUGCCAGUUGUGACGUAUGCUGGGCUUUAAAGCGCCUCUGAACAGGCACGCCGUCUUUGAGGGCUUCGCUCCAUGGGCUCGUGGCUGAGGAGGACAAGCUAGCCGACCACACAAGGGGACCAGAGGGUCGCCCUUCACCAGUGUCCACCUUUAAACCUGUAUAUUGUAGUCCAGUCUGGUUGAAAUUGUACAGAAUGACUCAAACUAGAAUCCUACAGCAUCUAUCUUAGUUCUCCAUUUGAAGGCAUCUUCCCAACUUUAGUGUUUUUAAAUAAAUUCUGGCUUUUCUGGAGUAUAAUGUAAUGCACUACUGUUCUGUAAUGCUACGUGCGUGUGGUUUUUUUUAUGAGUGUAGGUCUUAAAUUUGGAAAUAAUGUACCCAUGUAGACUAGCAAGACAGUAUGUAAAAGUGAUCUCAGUUGUAAAUAGUAAAUCCUCUUAAAUAAAGGCUGUGUAUCCUCCCUCCAAAA